AUGCGGUCAAGUGCCUUCAAACGCGGAAGGUGCAGCCGGGAUGUGCGGCUCCUCCGCCGCCGCCCCCUGCGGCACCGAUCGCGCAUCUUCGGGGAGCUUCCCAAAGCCCCGUGUGACCUGCAAGCGGACGAACCCCCCCCCCCCCCCGCUCCAGCCAGACGGGGCGCUCGCGCCCCCUUCCCCGCCCCGCGUUGGCCUCCAACAGGAAGUCGUCCCGGCCCCUGCCACGUGACUCCGCCGCAUCUGCAUACCGGAGGGCGAACUGGCCAAUCGGCGCUCCGCGCCGGAGCUCCGCCCCCACGCGCCCCUCCCCGGCCCAUUGGCUCAUCCCGCCUAGGCCACGCCCCGUCCUUCCCCCUUAAUACCCGCUCGCGUUGUGGUUCCGCAGACCGCGCGGGGAGCGCGCCGGGGCGCCGGCGGGUGCGCGCGCUCCCCCUGUCCGGGCGCGUGCAGGUCUCGGGGGCCCGCGCUCCGCCUGCGGUGCCUGGAGACCUUCGAGAUGUGUGGGCGCUGCGGCUCGGUGUCAGCGCACUGGACGGCGGGGCCCGGGCCCGGGCCCGGCCCUGCGAGGCCGCUCAGUUCCCCCCCGCCGGCGCCCUGGGGCGUCCGGGCCCCGGUUUUGCGCGGUAUUUUCACCCGGCGGCGCCGGCCCUCUGUGCAGCGGCGACCGGCGGCCGCUCCGGCGCGCCUCCCGCCCGUGCCGUGCACACGCCCUACACCUCCCCACCGUGCACAGACUUAGGCGCGCCGACCCGGGCCCCGGAGCAUCCAGCUCGCCGCCCUCCUCCCAGCCUGCCCCUGCACGCAGCAGUCCCCCGGGGAGCUCCCUGCUGCGAGCCGAACGAACCUCCCCGCGAAACAGCCUCCCGGGGAGGACAGCAGUGCCCUCGAAAGCGAGCACUCCGCCCCCACCGCGCCGACCCGGGACAGGGCGGGACCCUGACGCCCCGGCGCUGGGUACCGGGUGGUGGUUCUCCAGGCCGCCGCUCCUCUUCCGUAGACAGUAGUGAUUAACCGUAGGGUCGUGGUAGCAGGCCGGCUUUCCCCGUCGUGGGGGUGGAAGGAAGCUCAGCGGUGCUCCUUGAAAGUUGCUCGCGUUGGAAGAGGCCAUUCCCUGUCUACGUGUCCCCAUCUUGAAGAGCAGAUAAUGACACAGUACUCAGGCAAUGCAAUUUUGUUACCGCAAGUGUCAUGCUUUGCAAGUCCGUGGAUGAAAGAGACACAACAAACUCUCCGCUCGUGUUUCCCAUCAGGGUCUCGUGAGCGUCAUGCACUCUUUCUUACUGCCAUGUUUUGAGCCAGAUUCACAAACCACUUUCUUCAAAUGUCUGGGUGGUGGAUUUCCCCUCCCCCACACCCACAUCCCUUAGAAGGAUCCGAAGUCAGAUUUUAUUUACAUUAAUUUAAUUCUUGACUGCAGAGAAACCUGCGUUUUUUCGUCUUUCUCAAAAACAGAAGUGUUACCACAUGCUCCAGGAGGGAGUGCAAAAUAAUAACAUCUUCAAAAUAUGCAACAUCCACUAAGUAAGACUGCUAAAUCAAUGGAGGAAUCCAGGUACUUGGGUAGAUCAAUCAUUGUAGUAAGCAGAAAUUUGGGGGAAAUGGAACCAAAGUUACAUUGUUUAGUGUUUGUUCUUGAUGUGAAAUUUGUGCUGUAACUUCUCACCUUUCCACUGUCUUGUUCUCUUUACUGCUUGCCUCCCUCAGCUUAAACCAGACAGAACAAUUGUCUCCUCUAUUAUCUUAGACUAUAAACACUUGGUGGAAAGGCA